UCUCAUGCAAUAGAUGAGUGGUAUGCUGACCAUUCUAAACGUAUAAGACUGAUUAUUUACGAAGAUAGACCUGCACUCAAUCACUGUGAUAUGGAUCUGAAAAAAAGAGCUGAUCUUGAUGGCAGUGUUACAGAAGAU